UAAACAUGUUCAACCAGUGAAUGAUGAACUACAGAGAGUCAAAGAGCAGUACAAAACCAGCAUGAAGAUCAAGUAUGAGAGAUUAUUUGAGGGAUUGAAAUUCCAGGAGAAUGAAACCCUCCUGAACAGGAUCUACACACAGCUCUACAUCAUAGAGGGAGAGAGUGAAGGAGUGAAUGAAGAACAUGAGGUUUUACAGAUGGAGAAAACAGCCAAAACACAACACUCACAAGACACUCCAAUUGACUGCAAUGACAUCUUUAAAUCCUCACCUGAACCAGGAUGUGAGGAGAAAGACCAAAUCAAGACUGUUCUUACUAAAGGCAUCGCUGGAAUCGGAAAAACCGUCUCUGUGCAGAAGUUCAUUCUGGACUGGGCUGAGGGAAAAGCCAAUCAGGAUGUAGAUUUCAUGUUUGUGCUUUCAUUUCGAGAGCUGACCUUGAUCCGAGAUCAUCAGUACACUCUUCACAGACUUCUGUUGGACUUUCAUCCUGAACUUCAAGAUCUGGACUCAAAGAUUUAUGAGGAGUGUAAAGUUGUGUUCAUCUUUGAUGGUCUGGAUGAAAGCAGAAUCACACUGAUGUUUUCAGAUGAUCAGAAAGUUUGUGAUGUGACUGAGACUUCAUCAGUGGAUGUGUUGAUGUCAAACCUCAUGAAAGGAGAGCUGCUUCCCUCUGCUCUCAUCUGGAUCACCUCCAGACCAGCAGCAGCCAAUCAGAUCCCCUCCAAAUACAUCAACCGUCUGACAGAAAUUCAGGGGUUCAGUGAGUCUCAAAAGGAGGAAUAUUUCAGGAAGAGAAUCAGUGACCAGCAUCAAGCCAGCAGAAUCAUCUUACACAUCAGAAGAGCAAGAAGCCUCCACAUCAUGUGCCACAUCCCCGUCUUCUGCUGGAUCUCAUCCACUGUGCUUCAGAAGCUCCUGAAAGAAGAUCUGAGUGAAGACAUCCCUCAAACUCUAACUGAAAUGUACAUCCACUUCCUGCUGAUUCAGAUCAACAUGAGGAAUCAGAAGUAUGAAGAGAGAGAUCCAGAGAAACUCCUGCAGCCCAACAGAGAAGUGAUUGUGAAACUUGCUGAAGUGGCUUUCAAACAGCUGAUGAAGGGCAAUGUGAUGUUCUAUGAGGAGGACCUGAUUGAGAGCGGCAUAGAUGUCACUGACGCCUCAGUGUAUUCUGGGAUUUGCACUGAGAUCUUUAAGGAGGAAUCUGUGAUUCAUCAGAGUAAAGUCUACAGCUUUGUCCAUAUGAGCAUCCAGGAGUUUCUCGCUGCUUUCUAUGUGUUUUACUCACAUGUGGUCAAGAACAAGAAACCACUGCAUGAAUUCAAAUUUUGCAAAUUUGAUGAACUCUCAUUGUAUGAUCUACUAGCAUCAGCAGUAGAUAAAGCCAAUGAGACUAAGAAUGGAUGUCUUGACCUGUUCCUGCGGUUCCUGCUGGGCAUUUCAUUGGAGUCCAAUCAGAGACUUUUACAGAAUCUACUGACACACACAGAGAACAGCUCAGAGAGCAUCAGGAGAACAACACAGUACAUUAAAGAGAAGAUCAAAGGUCCAUAUGAUGAUUAUUAUUAUCAUCUCUCAGCUGAAAGGUCCAUCAAUCUGUUUCUCUGUCUGCUGGAAGUGAAAGAUCAAACUCUGUCCAGAGAGAUUCAGGAGUUUGUGAAAUCAGACAAACAUUCAGAGAAGAAACUCUCUGCUGCUCGCUGCUCAACAAUCGCCUACAUGCUUCAGAUGUCAGAGGAGCCGCUGGAUGAGCUGAGCCCCAUGAAAUACAAGACAUCAGAUGAGGGGAGAAGAAGACUGAUACCAGCUGUGAUCAACUGCCGAAAAGCUCUUCUUUCUGGCUGUAAUUUCACUGGUCAGUGCUGUCAGAGUUUGUCAUCAUCUCUACAGUCACCAAACUGUGUCCUGAGAGAGCUUGAUCUGAGUAACAAUGAUCUUCAGGAUUCAGGAGUGAAGCUGCUCUCAGAUGGCUUGAAGAAUCCAACCUGUCAGCUGGAGACACUGAGUCUUUCUGGCUGUAAUCUCACUGCUCAGUGUUGUGAAAUUGUGUCAUCAACUCUACAAUCCACAAACCGUGUCCUGAGAGAGCUGGAUCUGAGUAACAAUGACCUACAUGAUUCAGGAGUGAAGCUGCUCUCUGAUGGACUGAAGAGUCCAAACUGUCAGCUGAAGAUACUGAGAUUGUCCUUCUGUAAUCUCACUGCUCAGUGUUGUGAGAGUUUGUCAUCAUCUCUACAAUCCUCAAACUGUGUCCUGAGAGAGCUGGAUCUGAGUAACAAUGACCUACUGGAUCCAGGAGUGAAGCUGCUCUCUGUUGGACUGAAGAACCUAACCUGUCAGCUGGAGAUAAUGAGGUUGUCUGGCUGUAUGGUGACAGAGGAAGGCUGUGGUUAUUUGUCUUCAGCUCUGAGUUCAAACCCAUCACACCUGAGAGAGCUGGAUCUGAGCUACAAUCACCCAGGACAUUCAGGAGUCCAGCUGCUCAAACACAAACUGGACGAUCCAAACUAUAAACUAGAGAUACUCAAUGUGGAUCAUGGAGGAGAAAACAUGAUGACAGCAGGACCAAGAAAGUAUGCCUGUGAUCUCACAUUUGAUCCAAACACAGCAAACACUCAACUCAUGCUGUCUGAUGAGAACAGGAAGGUUAUGCAUGUAAUAGAAGAUCAGCCGUAUCCUGAUCAUCCAGAGAGAUUUGAUGAAUAUCCUCAGGUUCUGUGUGUUGAGAGUCUGACUGGACGCUGUUACUGGGAGACUGAAUUGAGCGGAGAUGCUGAAAUAUCAUUGACGUAUAAAGGAAUCAACAGGAAAGAAGGGAGUGACUGUGCGUUUGGAUUCAAUGACAAAUCCUGGAAUUUGGACUGCUCUGAUGACAGAAUUAUUAUCUGUCACAAUAUUAACUACAUUGAUAUACCUGCCUGUUCUUCUGCCUCUAAUAGAGUAGGAGUGUAUCUGGACUGGUCGUCCGGCAUUCUGUCCUUCUACAGCAUCUCUGACACACACACACUCACACACUUACACACAUUCAACACCACAUUCACUGAACCCCUCUAUGCUGGAUUCAGGCUUUAUUUGAACUCCUCAGUUUCUCUGUGUCGGAUUAAACAACAGACACACACACUCAGUUUGGGAGCAAAGUCCAGUGGGGCCUUAUAUCAGUUUCUCAGUAUGGAUAAAGAAAGCAGUGAGAGACACAGCAGUGUGUCUCUGAAGAGUGACGGAUCAACUCCUCAUCCUCCUGACCUCAGUAAUGAACCAGUGACCUUUGACCCCAGGUGA